AUGGAUGGAUCAAAGCAUCCGUCGGUGUUUCAGAAGCUUCAUGGUCAAAUGAAUAGACUUUCCCCGAGUGUGCAAACUCGUACUGUCAACGGAGGUUUGCAGAGUCUUUUGCACUCAACUGAUCAUGGCGUUGGCUCUUCUCUUCCACCUCAUGGGUCAGUGCCUGUACUUAUUCAAGCACCUAGUGAGAAAACUAGUACUGGUUUCUUGAUCGAUUUCCUUAUGGGAGGAGUCUCAGCUGCUGUUUCCAAGACGGCUGCUGCCCCCAUUGAGCGUGUCAAGCUCUUGAUUCAGAACCAAGAUGAAAUGAUCAAAGCCGGCCGUCUCUCUGAACCGUACAAAGGAAUCAGUGAUUGUUUUGGCCGAACUGUCAAAGACGAAGGCAUCAUUUCUCUUUGGAGAGGCAACACCGCCAAUGUCAUCAGAUACUUCCCCACCCAGGCUUUGAACUUUGCAUUCAAAGAUUACUUUAAGAGGCAGUUCAACUUCAAGAAAGACAAAGAUGGCUAUUGGAAGUGGUUUGCAGGGAACUUGGCGUCUGGUGGUGCUGCUGGUGCAUCGUCUCUGCUUUUUGUCUACUCUUUGGAUUAUGCUCGUACCCGUUUAGCCAACGAUGCGAAAAUAGCCAAGAAGGGUGGUCAGAGGCAGUUUAACGGCAUGCUCGACGUGUACAAGAAGACUAUAGCCUCUGAUGGCAUUGUCGGGCUGUACCGCGGUUUCAGCAUCUCGUGUGUUGGAAUUGUCGUAUACCGUGGGCUCUACUUUGGAUUGUAUGAUUCCUUGAAGCCUGUGGUUCUAGUUGAUGGUCUCCAGGAUAAUUUCUUUGCGAGUUUCUUGCUGGGAUGGGGAAUCACCAUAGGAGCUGGACUGGCAUCUUACCCGAUCGACACGGUGCGUAGAAGAAUGAUGAUGACUUCAGGUGAAGCAGUGAAGUACGAGAGCUCUCUUCAGGCUUUCACUCAGAUCAUCAAGAAAGAAGGGGCCAAGUCACUUUUCAAGGGUGCAGGUGCCAACAUCCUCCGUGCUGUCGCAGGCGCCGGUGUGCUCGCCGGCUAUGACAAACUCCAGCUCAUUGUGUUGGGCAAGAAAUAUGGCUCUGGUAGUGGCUAA